AUGGUGUGUACGUUACCUUGUUUGGCUGAUGUGUGUGUGAUUCCCAUCGGUACCGGACUGGCUCUGGUAUCUGACGAAGUGACGUUGGUGACGCGGUUGGCACAGCAGUCGCCGCUCCACACCGUCCUCCACUCUGCGGGGACGACCAUCGAGGGUCCCUGGAAUGAAGUGAUGGAACUUAUUGGUCAAUUCCACGAGGCGCUUCAUAAGCUGGGAGUGGUGAGAAUUCAGUCCGACAUACGCGUUGGAACUCGGACCGAUAAGAGCCAACUGCCUGAAGACAAGGUCAACAUUGUCAAGAAAAAGUUGGCUCAAGCCCAGAACGAAUAG